AUGAAAUUAGGUAAUUUGAAGAUUGUACUAAAACAAGAAAUAAAUACUAAUGAAUCAAUAGAACAAUGUUCCGAUGUUUGGAAUUAUCUCCCUCGUGAUCGUUGUCAAUGGAUAAAAAAUACUCAUGCUUGUGAAGCAGAUGCUUAUAUUCAAUACACGAAAUUACUUUUUUGCUGGUUUAGCUCAGAUCAUCCAGCAGUGUUGGCUUGUGGUCUUAUCUUAUUUGUUGUGUGGCUACUUUAUCUGUUUCUUGUGUUGGGAACGACAGCAGACAACUUCUUCUGUCCUUCAUUAGCAGUAAUAGCUCAAGUUUUACGUCUAUCAGAAAAUAUAGCAGGUGUAACAAUUUUAGCAUUUGGAAAUGGUUCUCCUGACGUAUUUACAUCUUUAGUUUCUGAUGAAGGAGUUGAAGAGUUAAUAAUGUUUACAGAAUUGGUUGGAGCUGGAGUCUUCGUUACUGCUAUAAUAGCUGGUGCUAUUGCUACUAUAUCACCAUUUAGAAUUAUUGCCAAAACAUUUACAAGAGAUUGUUUUUUUUAUAUUUUCUCUGUAUGUUGGAUUGCCUACAUAACUGGAGAUGAUGUUGUUCAUAUGUGGGAAAGUUUGAGUUUGAUUUUAAUUUAUCUCUGUUUUAUUGUUGCUGUAAUUGCAACACAGUAUUGGGAUAACCGGGAGGCAAAUCGGAAAGCACGAAUUCCACAAAUCAAUGAUUUUGACAUGUUGCAGUCAUUUAUAACUUCAAAAACUGCUGAAAAACAAGUAUUGAAGCCUUUGUUGCCCGGAGCAUUCAGCUUAAAAACGAAAUUAGAUCUUGCGAUUGCUGCUGAGAUGGCUUCUACGAGGAAAAAACUAGCUAUUAUAGAGCUAGAAAGUAUUAAGCCUCGUCAUCCUCUGCCUGAUUUAACACGUCCUACGAAUCUUUUUUUGGAAUUUUUUUAUGAUAUGAAUCCAAUUGAUAUCAAUGAUUGGAAAACAUCUCAUAUUUUAGUAAAACUCGUUUUAAUAAUCCGAGCUCCAGCAAUGUUGGUUCUUCAGUUUAUCAUUCCUGUAGUGAAUCAAACUGCUGCAAAGAAUGGAUGGUCUAAGUUGCUAAACUGUAUACAAUUGUGUAUUAUUCCGAUUGUUGCAACAACUCUUAUAGACCUUCACAGCAUAAAAAUAGGAUUUGUUCCAGUUAGUUUGCUAAUAAUCAUAUUUUGUGCUAUUGUGGCUAUUUAUGUAUUUGUGAAAACUUCUGUCAGUCAUCCUCCAAAAUAUCAUAAUAUUUAUGCUUUUAUUGGAUUUUUGGGGGCCACAUUGGUAGUAUGGGUGGUUGCAAGAGAGGUGAUGGCGGUUUUAGGAAGUAUUGGCAUUGUAAGUGGAAUAUCCAGUGCUAUGCUCGGAGUAACGUUGCUUGCUUGGGGCAAUAGUGUCGGAGAUCUCAUCUCCAACGUAGCGAUAGCUAGAAGAGGCUUUGCACGCAUGGGUUAUGCUGCCUGCUUUGGUGGACCUAUGUUCAACACUUUGAUGGGUCUAGGAUUAAGCUGGACUCACUCAGCAUCAAAACAUUCGGAUUAUCGGGUUCGAAUAAUCAACAGCGAUAUGAUUCCAGGAUGCAUUGCUUUCCUACUUUGUUCCCUGACAACUUCUGUUAUAUAUCUUAACAUUACUGGAUUCAUCGCUCGCAAAAGUUAUGGGUUUUUACUUUUCUCUAUUUAUUUUGUGUUCAUAACUAUGUGUAUUCUUAGUGAAAUUGGUUAUAUUCAUCCACUUGGUGCUAGAUAUUUAACAAAUGAUAUCAACCAAAAUUCAUAG